CGCACCUAGAGGAUGCCCGAGUCGUUCUUGAGAAAAUACGCGGCAGCCACUGGCUCUGUACAUAACCUGUGUUGAGCGCGAUGCGUGUAGUGUGAUUCGCCGCUACUGGAUAUGUUGAGACGGUUGUAUGUAAAAUUCAAUGUGUCAUAAGCAGCGAGUUGUUUGCCUCGGUCGCUAUGUAAGACGCCGGUUCUUGAUCCGAUACGCACGCAGCUGUAAUAUUCAAGUUAAAUCUUCAAUAGUAUUUGAAGAGGGUGAUUUCAAAACGGCGGGUGAAAUACGAAUUGCAGCUAGCUUUACUGAUGCUACUCGCCUAAUUUCGGGCAUUAUGUGAAUAUUCUUACUUAAAGGAACAGCGUACUUACUGGGAUACAUUGAAUGGAGCACAGCAUAGUCUAUCCAGAGGAUAUAUGGGACGUAUGCCAUAAUUUAACACAACGCCAACAUGAUAUUCGAUUUUCUGAAGAAGAUUUUUGGAUGGGCGGACGAAGGAUCUAGAAAGCGGAAAGUUUCCGAGUUCGCCAGUUUCGAGAGAGGGCACAAGGCAGAACCGAAGAAACUCAAAACCGACUGCAACGCACUGCAAUGGAUGGAGGAUUACUCUGAUAUCGACGACAACGAGAACGAUGACAUCAUGUUUCUGAGCGAGCGGAAGUUCUCACCGAUGAAUUCGUGUGCCAAGUUGAACGGUGCGCACAAGAAGCUGCAGCCUUACCAGCACCACUUUCACACAGCUAGCUCCACCUCUGUGUAUAAACCUUGCUCGACGUUGCGUCGCGACGAUUCGAUCAUGUCGUCGUGUUUCGUCGAUCAGAAACGCAAGAUGCACGGCACAAGCGGCGGUGACAAGUCUCUCACACUAGUCAGGACUAACCAGAUGAAGGAGAGAUAUCAGUACGAGGAGUUGCUGCAGAACUUCCUUCCCAGUAGAAUACAGAUAUUGAAGGACAAGCGGGUCGAGCAAGCCCCGGUGCAGAAUGUCGUCGAGGUGAUCGAACUGGACGACAACACGGAGGGUCCGCCGGCGGAGAAGACGCGGCAGACCGUUACGAAGACGAUACCGGAGACAGCGUUGCGUUGGCGCGGUAAGAGUAUACUAAGCAGCACCAGGACGGAGAGAGAAAAGGUCCCUACUUUAGAUUACAGGGAGAAGAAUGACGCGAUUCAGGAGUCUGACAAGACAGUGGUGAAACAUGAGAAGCCCGGUACGAGCAGGACGAAAUUGGCGUCUCUGCCGCCGGUCAGGCCGGUCGCGAUGAACUCGUUGCGCGACGAACUGGCGGCGAAGGCCGUAAUGAGGCAGGACUUUAUUCCCGAGGUCGCCAAGAGGUACAACGAACGGAUCGAGCAGCGGUUUCGAGAAGCGGAGGAGCUGAAGAGGAUGACCUGCGUCCUGUCGAAGCACAAUCGGUAUGCGAGGGAGGCGGCUCUGGAGGAGCAACUGGCGCGUUCCAUGAAACUGUGCAUGGCCGUCCUGGACGAGAAGGAGGAGCCGGAAGAGCCGCCGCUACCGAAGCUGACCGAUGAGAUGCUGCGCGAAGUGAAGGACGCUCUGGUGCUGUGUCCGCGGGACGAGGUGCUCGCCGAGGGUUUCGGCCUGAGGAUCACACGGAAGGACCUGCAGACUCUGGUCGGCCUCAACUGGCUGAAUGACGAGGUGAUCAACUUCUACAUGAAUCUGCUCAUCAUCCGCGGCACCAGCGGCAAGUUCCCGAAGGUGCACGCGAUGAACACGUUCUUUUACCCGAAACUGCUCUCGGGCGGUCACUCGUCCCUCAAACGGUGGACGCGCAAGGUCGACAUAUUCGCGCAGGAUCUCCUGGUCGUGCCUAUACACCUGGACGUCCACUGGUGUAUGUCGAUAGUGGACUUCCGGGAGAAGUCCAUCGUUUAUUACGACAGUAUGGGCGGCAACAAUCCGAAGUGUCUGGCGGCGUUGAAGCAGUAUCUGCAGGACGAGAGCAUCGACAAGAAGAAGCAGACGUACGACAUGAGCAGCUGGAAGUUGCAGCCGGCGAAGGACAUUCCACAGCAAAUGAACGGCAGCGAUUGCGGUGUGUUCUCCUGUAUGUUCGCCGAGUACGUCUGCGCGAACAAGAAGAUAACGUUCACGCAGCAGGACAUGCCGUACUUUAGGAACAAAAUGGUUUACGAGAUACUGAAGAGUAAACUCUUGUAAAACGUGUAUCGUACGUAUCGCGGCUUUCGACAAAUCGAGGAAUAACGAGCGAAGUGGUAUGAAAAUGCAAAUUAAUCUUAAACAUUAGAGAUAAAUGCUGGAUAACGAUGUAUUAUUAUUGUUCUCUGAAGAGAGAUGGGAGGAGAAGGGGAAAGAAGUCACGUCGAGCAAAUUUUUUUUAGUUAAUUACGUCUCGUUGAAAACGUUAACACAGAACUGUAAUCUCAUCUUAAAACCCGAAGAGAAGACGCGUCUUUGUUUUGUGUAACGAUUCAUUCUGAUGCUCCUAUAAAUAAACCUUAACUGAUUAACGUA